AAAUUUUAAACCGAGUAAGGUCAUUUUAGUAUUUCCGGUUCACGGUAAACACGUGUUUCAAGACAAUAACAUUGGCAUUGCACAGCACAUCUUGCUGAGCAAAUUAUAAAUGACAGAAACAGUUCUGGUGAUUGGUAGUGGAGGGAGGGAGCAUGUGUUGUCGUGGAAACUAUCAAAGUCACCAAAAGUCAGACAGGUUUAUGUUGCACCAGGAAAUGCAGGGACUUGUCAAGCCAAGAAAGUAGAAAAUGUUGAUUUAAAUGUGAAAGAUUUUAAUGCAGUUGUCAAAUUUUGUGAUGAUAAGAAAGUUUCGUUGGUUGUGGUUGGACCAGAAGAUCCAUUGGCUGCUGGGAUAGCAGAUACCCUGCAACAACAUGGUAUAUGUUGUUUUGGCCCAAGUGCUGCAGCUGCACAAAUUGAAGCCAGUAAAAGUUUCUCUAAAAAGUUCAUGGAGAGACAUAACAUACAGACUGCCAGAUUUCAAACAUUUACCUGUCCAGAUGCUGCUAUCAAACACAUUCAGAGUGCUACUUACAAAGCGUUAGUUAUAAAGGCCAGCGGAUUAUCAGCAGGGAAAGGUGUGGUGGUAGCACAGAACAGAGACCAAGCAUGCCAAGCUGUUACUGAUAUUCUGGUGAAUAAGAAAUAUGGACCUGCUGGAGAAGAGGUGGUAGUAGAAGAAUUUCUGGAAGGAGAAGAAGUUUCUGUUUUAGCAUUUUGUGAUGGGGAUACUGUUGCUCUGAUGCCACCAGCCCAAGACCAUAAACAGCUCAAUGAAGGGGACCAAGGAUCAAACACUGGAGGGAUGGGAGCUAUAUGUCCUUAUCCUCAGAUUUCAACACAAGAGUUACAAGUUAUAGAAAAAGAGAUAAUACUAAAAACAGUGGUUGGAUUAAAGUCAGAGGGCAAGACAUAUAAAGGGGCAUUGUAUGCAGGAUUGAUGUUAACAAAAGAUGGACCAAAAGUUUUAGAAUUUAAUUGUAGAUUUGGAGAUCCUGAAACACAGACCAUACUUCCUUUGUUGGAAUCUGAUUUGUAUGAUGUGUGCAAGUCUUGUGUUGAUGGGACAUUAAAACAACACCAACCUGUAUUCUCACAAGAUAAACAUGUGGCUGGAGUCGUUAUUGUUAGUGGUGGCUAUCCUGAAUCUUAUCCUAAAGGUUUAGCAAUUACAGGUAUAGAUGUUGCUGAGAAAACUGGUUUACAGAUAUUCCAUGCCGGUACCAGUUUAAAAGAUGGGUCUACAGUUACAAGUGGUGGACGAGUGUUGGCAGUAAUUGCUGUUGAUAGAACCCUGAAGACAGCUUGUGAGAGGGCCACAGACGGGGCCAAGUUUAUACAGUUUCAGAACAGUUUUUACAGAAGUGAUAUUGGAUUUAGGGUACUUACUAGAAAUCGUUUACAAGUUCAGAUGACAUACAGUGAUGCAGGAGUGAGCAUAGAAACUGGAAACAGUUUAGUUCAGGCCAUUAAACCUCUGGCUAAGUCCACCACAAGGACAGGGUGUGAUGCACUCAUAGGAGGAUUUGGUGCUUUGUUUGAUCUGAAGGCUGCAGGAUUUGUUGACCCAGUUUUGGUGUCUGGAACUGAUGGGGUUGGCACAAAAUUAAAAAUAGCUCAGGAAGUUGGUCGCCAUGACACUAUAGGGAUUGACCUUGUUGCUAUGUGUGUAAAUGACAUUCUGGCCCAUGGUGCUGAACCAUUGUUCUUCCUUGAUUACUUCUCUACUGGUCAUCUUAGUGUUGCCAUGGCAACAGAUGUCAUAACAGGCAUCUCUAAAGGAUGUAAAGAAGCUGGAUGUGCCCUUGCAGGUGGAGAGACUGCUGAAAUGCCUGGUAUGUACACAGGAAGUGAAUAUGAUCUGGCAGGAUUUGCUGUCGGAGCAGUUGAAAGGUCUUGUAUUAUACCACGUCUUGAUCAGAUUGUGACUGGAGAUGUUUUGAUUGGAUUACCAUCUAGUGGUCUCCAUAGUAAUGGGUUCAGUCUUGUGAGGAAGGUUAUAAAUAAACUGGAGAUGACCUAUGAUAUGCCUUGUCCUUUUCAAAGAGGAACUACAUUAGGAGAUGUAUUACUUACUCCUACCAAAAUAUAUGUGAAAGAGUUGUUGCCCUUGAUGAAGGAAAUGAAGGUCAAGGCCUUUGCUCACAUCACUGGAGGUGGACUUACAGAGAAUGUGGCAAGAGUUUUACCAUCAGACUUAGCAGCAUCAAUUGAUGCUAGUAAAUGGAAUAUACCCCCCGUGUUUGGUUGGCUUGCUGAUAAGGGUAAUAUAAAUGCCAGAGAAAUGAGUCGUACCUUUAAUUGUGGUAUUGGUGGUGUGUUAGUGGUAAAGUCAGAGGAAUCUACAAGUGUUUUAAACAGUCUUACAAGCAGUGGACUCCAGGCCAGUAUAAUAGGUGAAAUUGUCAAGAAAGAAGAUAAGUCAGUGACUGUACACAACUUAGUAGAAGGUCUAGAUAGAAGCUGGCCGAGGACACCUAUUCUGCUACAGAGGAAAAGGGUUGCAGUGCUCAUUUCUGGCUCUGGGACAAAUUUACAGGCUUUGAUUGACCAUACAACAGAACAGAAUAGUAAUAGCUCAGCUGAAAUUGUAUUAGUGAUCUCUAAUAAACCAAAUGUACAAGGUCUUACUAGGGCAGAAAAAGCUAGAAUCGCCACAAAGGUGAUAUCCCACAAAGAUUAUAAGAGCAGAGAUGAUUUUGAUGAAGCACUGCAUGCUACAUUGACGUCUGCUGGUAUUGAUAUUGUCUGCUUGGCAGGAUUUAUGAGAAUAUUAACAGGUGGUUUUGUGAGUAAGUGGCAUGGUAAAAUGUUGAAUAUUCACCCAUCUCUCCUUCCCUCAUUCAAGGGACAUAAUGCACAUGAGCAAGUGAUCAAAGCAAAUGUUCGGAUAUCUGGCUGCACAGUACAUUUUGUAGCAGAAGAAGUAGAUGGUGGUGCAAUCAUAGUACAAGAGUCAGUACCUGUUUAUUAUGGUGAUACUGAGGAGACAUUAGCUGACCGUGUCAAGACAGUAGAGCAUACAGCAUUCCCUAAGGCUUUAGAGUUAGUGGCUAGUGAGAAGGCUUUGCUGAAUUCUGAUGGAAUGAUCAGCUGGAGAUAAAUUUUCUGAAACCUUUUUUUAUAAAAUAAAAUUAACUAUGCAAAGUUGGGUAACACUUUCUGAUCAAGAUGAAAUCUUUAAAUAAAACUUGUCUAAAAUUAUUCUGAUGAUGAGGCUUAACAAUGUUAUAAUUAUAUAAAAUACACAAAGGAAUACGCUAAGACAAAUAUAUAUAUAUGUCUAUCCAUGCACAAGUAUAUGAAGCAUGGUUAAGUUUUCCUGUUCAGAUUGUUUUUGUCAGAUACUUAGUGAUACCAAUCAUGUUAAAUAGUGCAUGAGAAUGAAACAACUAUUGAAUCACUAUGACACAGUUUUCAUGCAUUAACAUUUUUUUGUCAGAUGAGGUUCAAUUCUUUAGAAGCCUUAUAAUAUUAUUGAUAUUCAAAUAUUGUUUAACUCUCUAUAAGUAAAAUAUCUAACAAAAAAAAUCAGAUUUGAGUCUACAUAUGACCUACAUUUCAUGCAUUUGUGUCUGGGUCUAUUAGGUCCCUAUUCCCUAUUUGCUCACUAUAUCAAUGAUAUUUUACCAUUUUAUUUAUGCCUGUAAGAUUUUGUUAAGUUUCACAUUUUAGGUCAAGGCCUUUUAUUAACAAAUCUUUACUUGGUACUAAGAAUAGAAAGUUAGUGUUUUUAACACUAAAUCCAGAAUUUUGAUUGUUAUAUUUGUGAUUCUUAAGUUUGAUAUUCCUACUCAAAAGUCUGAUGACCAUAAAGCCAGUUUUUUUCCCCCACAUACAUAUAUUCCACAUAAUGUUUACGUUUAUAGGUGGACUUGCAUACCAUACCGCCGCUUCAUUUUAUUCAAUAUCAAAGCCUUUCAGUCAUGAAGCUUUAAAAUUGUGAAUUGUAUAUUUACUUACAAAAAGUUGAAUGGAUUUUUUUUUUUACGUAUAUCCUAUGAUAUUAUUGUUGUCCAUUUUGGUUGUGCAUGAGUAGCCCUAGUAUCUUUUUUUGCCAUAUUUUACAAUGUUUAAUAUAUUUAGAAUUAAGACUGUUUCAUAAUUGUAACAUUGACUUAUAGGUUAUACAUUUGUAAUAUAUUUAUAAUGCUUGACAUUUUUUUCCUGCAUUUUUCACAGUUAUGAAUAAAUACAAUCUGUUCUUUUAUUUUAUAGUCUUUAUUUUUGUUUUUGUUCAUUACUUUCUAUUUUGAACCCCAAACCGAACCCUCAUAUGUUCAACUGUUAACAUUUACUAAAUAUGUAUAAUAUGUAUGCUGCAUUACUUUUUGAUAUAUUGUUUAGAAUGCUCUUAAAAAUACUCUAGAUCUAACAUGCUCACUGGUCCCUUUAAAACUGAAUAAAAUACUCGGUCAACUUUUACAAUUACUAUAACAUUCAUCAUCUUUUGUAAUGCUUUCAAUGUUUUUCAAAAUACGUUUGUUUCUUUUAUUUUAAUAAAACUGUAGCAACUUAUAAAAGUAUUUCAAGAAAAUUCUUAUUUUUGAGGGGCACAUUUUGAAUUUGCCAUUUUUAUUUUGGCAAAUAAUUUUUUGUUUGUCAGACAUAUUUGUUACAUUCUGGUAAAAAAGAAAUAAUCUAUUUAUUUCCAUGGGAAAAUCCCAUGUAGCUAUAUUCAAAUUAAUUAGUAAAGAUAUUUUUUUAGUUGCAGAUUUUUUCUGUUACAAUGCAACAAACACUGUAUGAGUGAGGACAUUUUCACUUAAGUUAAAAACAGUAAACAUGAACUUGCUUAGAGAAAUAUACAUUUAUAAUACUCAUGUUAAAUGCAUGUCAUCACCAUUAGAUCGUUUUUGUGUUUAACAUUUAUAUAAAUAAGAAGUGCCAUAAUUUAAAAUAUUGUUAAAAUACCUAGUGCUGUUGUAAUAUUCAGUAGUAUGUGCCAUUAUACAUUUAUGUAACCAUAGGAUCUCAGAUAUUUUGUUAUUUAAUUGGUGCCUUAUAACAUAUGAAUCUCUUUAUUCAAUAUUUUUACACUUUAUUUUGAGUUUAUAUUUCAAAAAAAUUUUG